CCUACAACAGUAUCACGACUAGGUACUCUUGCAGCUGUUAUUCCACAUCUUCUUUCACUCCUGAUAGAGUGCAAGUUCUCUGUCUGUUUGUGUGUUUAUUGUUUUGGUAUUCAAUAUCAAUCAUGCAUAUGCAUAUGGCCCUACACAGUACUGAAACUUCCUUCUAAUGAAAAUAUAUAUAUAUAUAGCCAUCUCAAAUAUUCACUCACAAGAAAACCCAACGCUGGCCUGCAGUAGUAAUUCAGUUUCCCGUUAGUAAUCGGCAGCUAACUGGGCUCUACCUCCUGCAGGAGCCUGCAGCAUUGAAGUUAAUUUAAUACGAUCUUAUAUUGUGGCCGAAAGACCUUAAUUAUCGAAAAGACCGGUUGUUAAUAUGUGUGUUCGUUUUCCAAAAUUUAACAAACGAACAAGUUCGUUAACUAUCGUUCGCAACUUGUUAAUAUACUAGUGACGUACCAUAGAAUACUUCGAUGAAUAAAUUUGUCGACAUGCAUUUCAAUGAGGUAAAUAUAUCAAUAACUGAAAUCAAUAUAUAAGAGCUAGAUUAUCAUUGCCAUUCGUUCAUUCAUUCACAUGAUCACAUAUAUAUCAACAUUGUAGUAUCAUACGAAUUUUGCAUGUCUUUGCUAUAAUAUUUAUGAAGAUUGGCAGUAGGCAGACAGCAGCUGGUUGGUUUUACUAUUGCCUGCCAGCAUUGAUUUCUUGGUUUCAAUAUUUUGACCCUACCAAAAUUAUAAAACUGGAACUUAUUGCCAUAAAUUUUUUACCCUAUCACAGAUAUUCCUUGUGGAAAUGGAAAGAAGAGAGACGUAUAGAUAGGGAUCCCCAUGCAUUAUUGCUUCAACCAUUACCCCGUAUCCACCCUUCUCCAACCUAUUUCAGUACACUAGUACAGUUUCAUCUUCAUAAAUUCUGCCAUGGUUUUAAUAAUUUUGCUGUUGGGAGAAUGGAGGUUCGUCUAACAUAACUGCACACCAUGGUAUAUCAUUCACUACCAUGCAAGAACUACUAUUUAUUCCACGCUAGUCUCCAAACACCAACACAUCGUCAUCAUUACUAUUACACAGGCAAAACCCUAGCUAGCUAAACGAGAUUGCUGCCGAAACAUGUCCACACAACUACUACUAACCUUCCUUUCCCUAGUCAUCUUCCUAUGGCAUUCGCUUCUUAGAAACAAGCACUCGCCGGUCUACCAAUGGCCAUUCCUGGGGAUGCUCCCUGGCCUCCUCUUGAGCUUAUACAACUACACACUCCACGACUUCUACAUCAGAGCCUUGAGGCGAACCGGGGGAACGUUCCUUCUCAAGGGACCCAGUUUCGUCAAAGCCGACUUCAUGCUCAUGAGUGAUCCCGCCAACAUCAACCACAUCUUCAACAAGAACGCGGCCAACUACGAGAAGGGCCGGGAUUUCAAGGCCAUAAUGGAGCCUCUAGGCGACGGGAUCUUCAAUGUCGAUGGCGACUCGUGGAAGUUCCAGAGGAGGCUCCUUCAUUCUUUGCUUAAGAACUCCGAGUUCGAGGGUCAUGCCGUGCAGACCCUCGUAGAGAAGAUGAGGAGCACCCUUUUGCCUGUCCUCGACCGGAACGAGGUGGUGGACCUACAGGACGUGUUCAAGAGGUUCAUGUUUGACAACAUGUGUCUGUUGGUUGUGGGAUUCGAUCCACAAUACCUCCCCGUGGGGUCCGAGGGCGGCAGGCUCCCUGACAAUGCAUGUGGCAAGGCGUUCGACGAGCUGGAGGAGGUGGCGGUCUACCGAUUCAUAGUCCCGAUGUGCGUGUGGAGGCUUCAACACCGACUCAAGAUCGGAAUGGAGUGGAAGUGCAUUCAAGCUUGGCGCACCGUAGAUAACUUCUUGUAUGGUAGCAUCAAGAGGAAGAAGCAAGAAUUAGUGUCGAAACACUCCUUUGGCAAUGAUGUGACUAAAAGAAACAAGCUGGAUUUGUUGACACAAAUCCUGGUCAUGAAAGAUGAGGACGACGGUGGUAACAAACCAAUCAUUGAUAAAACAUCCGAUAAGUUUCUGAGGGACACUACAUUAACGUUGGUCGCAGCCGGGAGAGACACCAUUACUGUCGGCCUAACUUGGUUGAUAUGGUGUGUGGCGAACCACCCCACUAUUGAGAAAAGGAUUCUCGAAGAGCUGAGGCAAGUGAUGGCGGCGCGACAGUCAAGUGAUAUUGAUGGAGAUGAAAGAAGCGGAUUUUUGAGAAACGAUGAGUUGAACAAACUUGUGUAUCUUCAUGCAACCAUUUAUGAGACACUGAGGUUGUAUCCACCGGUGCCAUUGGAGCACAAGUGCGCCGUGGAGGCAGAUGUCCUUCCAAGCGGACACAUGGUACGUAAAGAAGAGAAGAUAAUAUUCUCCAUAUACGCCAUGGCUAGGAUGGAGGAGAUAUGGGGAGAGGAUUGCAUGGAGUUCAAACCGGAGAGGUGGAUUUCCGAGAAAAGGACGAUACUACAUGUCCCAUCGUACAAGUUCAUGACAUUCUUGGCUGGGGCAAGGACCUGUUUGGGAAAGAAUAUGGCUAUUACGCAAGUCAAGUCACUGGCAAGUGCUCUCCUUUGGAACUACAAAUUUGAACUUAUAGAUGAUGGGUCCUCCGGUAAGCCGACAGUUAGCAUGGUGUUGUUCAUGAAAGAUGGGCUGAAGACUAGAGUCUCUAAGAGAGACCAUUGAGAAUAAUAUUGUUCAUGUUGUUUUCUUAAUGUAUGUUUGUUGUGGUGGUCUAGUGGAAGUGCUUCAUUUAUUUGUCACUAUGUCUAGGGUUUGCAUUAAUGAGUCGUGUGAGGUCUACUUCUUUUGAUUAUUUGUGUUGUCAUGUUUCAUCCAACUGCAUGGGAUGAACUAGCUAUAUAUGUUCCCUAUUGGUAGUAUGUUAUUCUUGUGAGCAAUGUAGUAAAAAAUGAGUUUAUAAGUAUAAACAUUUUGGUGAUCUAAAAGCGUAAAAUUAUAAUUUUUUAGUUUUAAAGCGAAGUUUUUAACUAGAUAAGUUGUAAAAACUAAAAUUUUGUAUAAAAUCGUUUUUUGUCAUAAACCAGUUGGUCGCAAUAACUCGAGUUAUUGGGAGAAGGUUGUUCAUGAUCUUAUACAGGCCCAUGUAUGGUACUUAACCACUUCCUUACAUGCCCCCUCAAACAAAAGCCGACUCAUAGGCUUGAAUUUUGCACAAGCCCGCCAUACCAUGUGCUUGAAAGACAACGAUUAAUAUUUGGGGUCGUGAGGACUUGAACAAGUGAUUCAAGGACAAACCAGCUCUGAUACCAUGUCAUAAACAAGUUGGUCUCAAUAACUCGAGUUAUUGGGAGAAGGUUAUGCUGGACCUUAUACAGGCUCAUGUAUGAUACUUAACCACUUCCUUACAUUUUUAGCUAAAUCUCGCAUAAUAAAUCAUGGUCAAUACAAAAAUAUCUUUCCUAUUUUUUACUUUGAUAAAUAGAAUAUAAGUAUCAUUGUCAUAAUAUAUAUAUACACCUCUUGGUCAUACAUACAGUCAUUGCCCGAUAACUUCCUAAAGGCCACAGUCUCUCCCAUUCGCAAGAGUCUUCCUUUCCAUUUUCCAACCACCCAAACAAAAAAAGUCAAAAAUCCAGCCGACGACCGCAAAUUAUUCGACCAAAAAAUGUGUUGGAUUUUUGGUAUGGGAAGUGGGUAUUUUUGUGAAGGAAGAAAUGUAGGAUAAUUGUUUGGAAAACUUAUUUUUGGAAAUGGAGAAUUGCGGUAGAGCAAGAAUGGAACAAUGGAAUCAUUGCCAUUUUGUUGUGAAGGGUUUUUUACACCCUUAUACAGUCUCAUGCAUGAUACUUAACUACUUCUUUACAGUUAGAGAUUUCUGACAACUAAUAGGUUGGAAAUAUUAAUGAGUGUCAUUAUUAAAAAUAAAAAAAGAGAAAGAAAUCAGCAAGGUUGAGAAGUGAUAUUCCAUGUAAUGAAGGUUAUAAAUAGUCAUUCCUGUAAGUUGUAAGAUGUGUGGAGAAAACCUCCCACCAAUGAGGUGUGGUGAAACACCCACCAACUGGGGCCAACUGGUUUAUGACACUAUCUAACAAAUUUAUCACCACUCCUUUUAUCUAUAUUUUGUUAUUUAUUGUAAAUUAAUUAUUUUGGUGGUUUCCAGAAAUAACUUCAACUUUCAACAAAAUGUUGGACGAGAAAGUAGUAAAAGCAUGAUCAACUGCGUCUUGAUAACAUCAUAAUCCGGAUGAAGGCCUCUAAGGAAGCACAAGCAUUUGGGAUUACCCGGAGCACCCAACAAGGCACAAUAGGUGAGAAUUGCAAGUAAUUCUCCCAAAGACCCUUGAUGUCAGUGUAAUAUUGAGUGACGGUGCGAUCUCCUUGUUUGCAGGCCUGGAUCUAAUCCUCUAAAUUGAUAAUGCGCAUGGCAAUAGGUUGCCCAAAUCAGCGCUUCAAUUCGUCACAAAGAACACGUUCUCAUGAUUCAUAAUGUUGCAAGCAAUUUCUUUCUGGAGCAAAUUGAUAAUCCAGCAAAGAACUAAGGUGUUGUAGCCAUCCCACAAGGGAAACAAGUCAUUAGUAGUAGGAGGUGCCUUAACCGACCCAUCCACAAAACCAAGCCUAUCCUUCGUUUUCAGGGCCAUCCGCAUAGCACGAAUCCACAUCGAGUAAUUGGUACCAUCCAAAACCUAAAAAAUAAUCGACAGAGAGAGAUUCUCUUUCCCAUUGAGGUAGAAGGGAUUCCCGAAUUUGAUCUCACCUCUGCCAUCCGGAGCUAAAGAUUAUGCAUAAGUCCCAAACUAGAACCUAGCACCCGACUAGUUGCCGCCGCUUGAAGUAACCAGUGGCUUAGUAGUGCCGGACAUUGCCGAUGGGAACAAUAAUCUUCAGAUCUAGGGCUCCGAUACCAUGUAGAAAAUAUCGAGCUGGGCAAGAAAUGGAUCGGAAACCCUCGGCCAGAGUAGCUGGGUGAGAUUGUUAUUUAUAGCAGUUCAAGUUUUACUAUUUACCAACGGUAGCAAACGAUUACAAUUCCACUUGAAAAGCAACGACAGGCUAGUAAUAACUAACUGCAUUAAUUAAACUGUAAAACAUAAAGUGCUUUGAAUCGUCUUCGAGUCCCGAAACAUGUUUCGUUCUUCAAUAUGCUCUUGCGGAGAUGAUGGCAUAUGAACUGCUUGACUACUUUAACACCGCCCGACACAGUCAUGCCUUCACUCGAUCUUCCAUCAACCCCAUCGUGCAUGUCUUCACUCGAGUAGAUCCAGAGAUUUGCCUAGGUAUUCUAGGAGCCGCGCCAUCGUCCUUAUCAUUGAGGAGAUAGUCGAUGACGUCGAUCUGGAAGCCCUACUAUGAUGAGUGUCGAGGAGGGGAGGAAGAGCAGGAAGGGAGGAGGCGGAGGGUGGUGAGGGUGGAGCAGAGGAGUCGGCGAGACGGAAAGGGGAUCCAGAGAAGUGGAGAGAGGGAGGAAGGACAGAACGGUUGUGGGAAGACACGAGGGGAGAGUUUUUUUUUUUAUUUUGAAAUCAUUUUUAUGAUUUUUUAUUUUAUUAGAGGCUAAGGUGGACGAUGAGGUGGGGCACCGUUAAAAAAUAAUUAACUGUAAUAGAUUAAUGUCUAUUUUUAAAAUAUUUAUAUAUUUCUUACCGAAAAAGCCCCUAAUUUCUCCAGAUGAUUUCGAUCAACUUGUCCAUGAUGAUUUCGAUCAACAACACCAUAAGCCGCCACCUGGGAGUCCGAGACAAAAGCUCCAUCACAGUAUAUAUCUUGCUGGAAAUAAGUAGGUGGUAGAUCAAGGAUUGUACAAGGUAGAAAAGGCCGAGGAGGAGAGGAAAAGUAGCCAAUGGUACUUCACGAGCAAUCCAAUAAGCAAAGUAUCCAAAG